GAUUGAUCAAUCCCCUCCUGGCCUCCCCCGGAUCAUGUGAUGGUGCUGCCCGGUGAGUUCAGCUGCCGGAGCCCGGCGCUGCGUCACGCCGUGCGAGCAGAGGGGCUCGGGGUGCUCUGCCUGCCGGGGCUGGUGUCUGCAGCAUGGAGAAAGGACUGGUUGUUACUCAGCUGGAGGUUGAGCCUGGUGAGUGCAUCAAGAUCAAAGGGAAGAUCCAGUCUGAUGCCAAAGGGUUUGCUGUGAAUGUUGGGAAGGACAGCAACACCCUCAUGCUGCAUUUCAACCCUCGCUUUGACUGUCAUGGGGAUGUCAACACCAUUGUGUGCAAUUCCAAGGAGGAUGGCGUGUGGGGGGAGGAGGACAGGAAAGCUGACUUUCCCUUCCAGCAUGGUGACAAGAUUGAGAUAUGCAUCUCCUUCGAUGAAACCGAGGCAAAGGUGAACCUGCCCGAGGUGGAGUUCAAGUUCCCAAAUCGGCUGGGCAUGGAGAAAAUUGAAUACCUGGCUGUGGAGGGUGACUUCAAAGUCAAAGCCAUUAAGUUCAGCUAACAGCUAUAGCUUGGUUUGUUUUGUUGUCUGCCCUCUGUGUAGUGAAAUAAACCAAAACUUGCAAUGGC